ACUGUGCAGGUGCUGUUCCGAUGGAUCUGUUUGCAUGUGGGACUUAGUCAAUUAUUCUAUAACUGUCAAGGUGGUGGAGAGGGUAGGAAUGGCCCUCUGUGUGGUGGCAUCUUCGUCAACCCUCCUCAGUGGUUGGGAUGAUGGAUACCUACGGUGUCACGCGAUUCGAGGUGGAAAAAUGCUCUGGAGCAUACCAAAUGCACAUGCUAGGGCUGUGACAGCCAUAGCGCUUGCGAAGGGAGAACACUUUCUUGUAAGUGGUGGCGAAGCAGGCGACGUGCGCAUCUGGGAAUUACGGAACCGUGACCUGGUUAUGAGUUUUGAAGAGCACUCGAUGCGCAUUACGAAAAUCGUCAUCCUUGCAGAUGAUUUACACAUAGUGUCAUCCAGUCGAGACCGGACAGUGAGAUGUUGGAAGGUUAAGCAAUCGAGGAGCUUCGCCUCCCGGUUUGAAAAAGUCGGUGCAUUGAACGGUGUUGCCAUUUCUCCGGACCAGCUGUACAUUGUCACAGCCGGGCAAGACCGGAAGAUCACCGUGUGGGACAUGAGGGAAAGGGAACCCGCAAUCGAAAUUACGGAAGCGCACCGAGGAGAGGUCACUUGCGUGGCGAUUCCCAGCAAGGGUGGAGUCUUUUUGACAGGUGGCGCUGACCAUUUUCUUCGGUUAUGGGAUCUUGCAACUGGGAAUCUUCUUGCCCAUGGCCUUGCACACAGCUCACGAAUUACGUCCGUGUCCUUCAGCCCCGACGACAAGAAAAUUCUCUCAACAGGAAAUGAGGGUGCCCUUAUGAUCUGGAAUAUGGACUAUUAGCCAUCCCAUAACUUUUAUCUAGUUUCAUCGCACAGAGCUUAAGAUGGAUAAUGAUUGUUCCGACGGUCCCGCAUCUGUGCAGUUCAGAGGGACCACAGAGGGACCACCUUUUGAACCACCAGUUCCACGAAGCGCCGGUUGAUCUCCUGUUCAGCUAUGUAUGGGUAGCAGAAUUGGGGUCAGGUCCAUCCCCAAAUGAAAGGGCCCUUGUUCCACCCACCGCGAUCAGACCGGGCAUGCAGAGGGCCGGUCGAGCUCCCGUUCAGCAAAAUGAAUGUGCAUAUCCAAU